AUGAACCUUUCUACCGGUGACGGGCCUGAUGGCUCCUCCAUCAAGCCGGUUUCGUCUCUGCUCGCCCGCUUCGAGAACAUGUCAGCUGCCCAGCAACAAGAACAGCCUCCCGUGCGACCAAUCUCUCCAGCCCCGAAGCCUGGGAGGCUACGCAACUUCAAGCCGUCGAGUGAGGCUGCCGCUGGCCCACCAAAGACUCCCACCAAGCCGUCCAUCACGGUUCAAGAUGGGCCCGCAGCCUCGACGCCGCAAGACAACGACGCACCAGCACCGUCGCUCCCCUCGACCAGGCCCACCCCCCUGGCUAAACCGCAGGGACUGGCCAUUCACACACCGGCCGUAACGGUUCAGCCGCCGCAGUCACCCCCCAAGGGCCGAGCGAACCCCCUCGAGCCCGGAAGCCAUUCUCCAUUCCUUGACCCCGUGUCCACGACGAGUCACGAAGGCGUCGGCGGACCUCCCAACCCGAUCAAGUUACCCAGCCGGCCGCUGACUCCCCUUCUGCCCCUUUUGGCGCCGAAAUCGCCUCGCCCUGGUAUAUCGAAUCCUCCAUCCCCCCCUCCUCCACGGCGCUCCGGCGAGAUUCGAAGGGAAAAGGACGUCAAGCAAGCUCCGCUACCCCCGGCCCCACGCUCAAACAGACCCUUGGGCGUCCGCCAACAGCCCUCGAGCCUGCCGGAACCCCGUGGCAGCAACAUGUUGAACCGGACAGUGAUCUCCCAGGAGACGUCUCCUUUCAGCAGCCCUCCCACUAGCCCUGGCGAGGCUGGCGAUGAGGCGCCGCCAGAGUUGCCAACGCGGCCUCGACCGCGAGGCAAUAGCGACAUUCCCAGCAAGCCCAAGUUGGGCUUUGAUGGUUUCGAGCCUCCUCCAGUGCACCCUUCGAUUGCAAUGAAGCGCAUGGAACAGGGCCAAGUUCCAAGUAGUCCUGGGAGAAGCGUCAUGACCUCUCCGCGUGCCAGUGAUCACCGAGUUGCUUACCAGUCAAUACCCUCGAAUCCCGAAUCCGCUCAGCAAAAGACUCCUACUACCCCCAUCGCCGAGGCCUCCCUGAGGCCCCCUAGGACCACCGCGCAACACGCAACUCCCGAUCUUGAUACCCGUGUCUUGCCGGCGCCUUCAAAUCGUUCUGCAUCUCAACCCAUUGCCCGUCAAUUCGCUGUCCACCCAACUCGACAGACAGUCGACACCAGACCCAGAGAUGCAGUACCCGAAAGAGGACGUCCAGAAAACAACAGCAAGCCAGCGCCCAUGACUGCCACGCUCAAGUCCGCCUUCUCGGGCUUGGUCCCCGAAUCUGCUUCAUCCUCUACACCUCUCGGCGUGGUAACGACGUACCCCGACGGAGCGAGUGCAAAUCGCCGUCCGCCUUUUAUCAAGAAAGGCUGUCACGACAUACAAACGCGAUUUGAUCCCCGAGUAUUUGAUGUCUGCGGAGAGCUCGUUUGCACAAGCGGCCAGUUAACGCGCGUCUGGAACCUCUUGGACGGUGAGCUAGUUAUGAGCUUGGCUCAUACCGAGGGCGUCAAGGCGACUGUGGUUGCCUUUAAACCCGCGCCAAGCGCUGAUACGGAGGGCUCCGUGCUGUGGAUUGGUACUAACUUGGGAGAAAUCAUGGAGGUCGAAGUGUCCACGCAGCGCAUCCUGCUCAACAGAGGCGGCGUACACGGGCGGUGCGACGUCAUCAGGAUGUAUCGCCAUGUUAACGAGCUCUGGACUUUUGACGAGGCGGGCACGUUUCACGUGUGGGGACCCGGCGUCGAUGGAGUGCCGAAUCUCAACAGCCAUCCUCAUCAGACCAACAAGCUACCGAGAGGACACACGUUUUCGAUGGUGGCUGGCGACGAACUGUGGCACGCAGCCGGCAAGGCCAUUCGCGUAUUUGCGCCGUCGCUGGAUGGGAGCCGGCCAUUCCAAGUCUUGGUUAGGCCUCUUGCUGCAGACGGCGCAGGUGAGGUGACCGCGGGCACAGAGGUCAAGACGCACCCAGGAAAGGUCUUUUUCGGUCACCUCGACGGCAAGGUCAGCAUCUUCUCGACUGGCGACUACUCGUGCUUGGCCGUGCUCAGUAUCAGCUCGUGGAAAAUCAACGCGCUGGCAGGCGUCGGCCUGCAUCUGUGGGCUGCAUACAACACAGGCAAGAUGUGCGUGUACGACAUGGGAGAAAGCCCCUGGGUUGUCAAAAAGGAAUGGCAGGCGCACGACCAGCCCAUUAUGAAGAUGAAGGCCGACCCGGCGAGCUCGUACCGACUUGAUCGGCUGCAAGUCAUUACUCUCGGGGGCGAUAACAAGUUCAAGGUUUGGGAUGGCCUGUUGCAAGACGACUGGCUCGAGGAGGACAUGAAGUCAAAGGACGUCGACUAUUGCGAUUUUGAAGAGCUCCAUGCCAUGGUCAUGACGUGGAAUGCCGGGGCAUCGACGCCUCACGGCCUCCGCUACUCGGACGGAGAUGCUGCCUUUUUCCAGGAGCUGGUGCAGUCGAGCGGAUCUCCCGACAUGUUUAUAUUCGGAUUUCAAGAACUCGUCGACCUGGAAGACAAGACGGCCACGGCCAAACGGUUUCUCAAGUCGUCCAAGAAAAAGGAAGGGACGGACCAGGAGCGAAUGAGCCACCAAUACCGCGACUGGCGCGACUUUUUGAUGAAGACCCUGGACGACUACAUGCCCGCGGGCGACCUGUACCACCUCCUACAUUCGGCUCCUCUCGUGGGUCUCUUCACGUGUGUGUUUGUCAAGUCUUGCCUCCGGGAGCGGAUACGCAACUUGAGCGCCGCCGAAGUGAAACGGGGCAUGGGCGGACUGCACGGAAACAAGGGGGCCGUCGUCGUUCGUUUCCAGGUCGACGACACCUCGCUCUGCUUCAUCAACUGUCAUUUGGCGGCCGGGCAAUCCCAGUCGAGCUCUCGCCACAACGAUAUUGCUGCCAUCCUCGAAGCCAGCCUGUUUCCCGCGGAGCGCGACCCGGUGGUCCGCAUCGACAGUUUCACCGGAGGCGGCGAUGGCACCAUGGUCCUGGACCACGAGUUGUGUGUUCUGAACGGCGACCUGAAUUAUCGCAUCGACACCAUGUCUCGGGACACGGUUGUCAAGGCUGUCAAGCAGCAGAACUUGGCGAAACUUCUUGAGCGGGAUCAACUUCUCAUCGCCCGUCGGCGCAAUCCAGCGUUCCGACUGCGCGCAUUCGAAGAGCUGCCCAUCACGUUCGCCCCCACGUACAAGUACGACGUGGGCACGGACAACUACGACACAAGCGAGAAGAAGAGGAGCCCGGCGUGGUGUGACCGGCUCCUAUUCAGAGGUCGCGGACGGGUCCAGCAGCUGGACUACAAGAGGCAUGAAGUGCGAGUGAGCGACCAUAGACCUGUCACCGGCAGCUUCCGCCUCUGGGUGAAGAAGACCAACCCCAGAGAGCGGGCGCAUGCGUGGAUGGAGAGCCAGCAAGGGUUCGAGGACCUGCAGCAGCAGGAAGUAGACGACGAACAGGUCCUCUACUUGGUCAACACCUGCGGAUAUGACGUGGAAUCGAGCAGGAACUUUGUGCGGGAAAGGUCCGGUCGCAAGGCCCACAGGAGUCCCAGCAGAAGCGGAGGUGGCCACUGA